UCACUCUCACACAAAUGCCGCACACAUGCACAGUGAUUCUUCCAUAGAUUUUGUUGUGUUCCGUGAGUCAUAAAUUGAGGCUUAUCAUUCGAUUUGUGGUACGAAUACAGGUUCCGUAAUCAAUGAAAAACCCCCAAUCCUCGCCUUCUUCGUUUCUAAUGUGAUCGCAAUUAUCAUCAGUGUAAAAAUAUCGUGAAAAACGCCUUGAUUGCAUCCAAAGUCGCGCAAAAAAAUGGCUGCUGCUGCGGCUGCCGCAUUGCUUGAUGAACUUAUGGGAAGAAACAGGAAUGUUCUUCCCAAUGAAAAGCCAAAGGAACUAAACUGGGAAGAUUCGGAGUUUUGUAAGCUCUACCUCGUAAAAUUCUGUCCACAUGACCUUUUUGUAAACACAAGAGCAGACCUGGGUGCUUGCGCUCGAGUGCACGAUGAUGAAGCUCGCGACCUUUUUGAAAAAGCUCCUUAUUCGUACCGGAAGCAGCAGUACGAAGAUGAGUUCAUCAGAUUUUGUCAAAGUAUGCUCAAUGAGGUCGAGCGCAAAAUCGUCAAAGGAAAACAAAGGCUCGCCCUCAUCGGAAGGACAGAAGCGCCCACUUUAACGCCAGCACAGACGCAAAGGAACGAAGAGCAAAUUGCUUUGCUGAAUGAAAAAAUUAAUAAACUUGUAGAGGAAGCUGAACAGAGUGGAAUACAGGGCAAUGUGGAGCAGGCUCAGGGACUUAUGCGUCUUUGCGACCAGCUUAAAGAAGAGAGAGAAACCCUACGUAAAUCUAACGAUAAUAGUCAUUAUAACCAGAUUUUAUUUUUACAGACUGCAGAAUUGGCAGCAGCUCAGGAAAAACAAAUGGAAGUAUGUGACGUGUGUGGUGCCUUCCUCAUUGUUGGAGACGCUCAGCAACGAAUAGACGACCAUCUUAUGGGAAAGCAACACGUAGGUUAUGCCAGGUUGAAAAGUGCUCUUCAGGAAAUUAUGGCGAAAAGGGAGAAAGCGAGGGACGAGAAGGAGCAAAAAAGGGACGAAGAGAGGAAAAAGGCGCGCGAAAAUGAGGAACAACAAAGGAAAAGGAGGGACGGGGAAAGAGAUCGAGACCGUGAUCGUGACAGGGAUAGGGAAAGGGGUGACAGAGGUGAUAGAGGAGAUAGAGACAGGGAUCGAGACCGAGAAAGGGACAGGGACAAGCGUCGAAGACGUGAUGAUGAAAAACCCAGACAUGACACAGUCAACAGAAAUUCUCACCGUAGCAGAAGUAAAUCAAAGGAAAGACAUGACAGACAUAGUAGAGAUGAUGACCACCGUCGUCAUAAUGUAAGAGAUAGUAAAGGAAAUCGAGAUCAUCGAAAUUCCAAUCACCACAAUCGUCGUCGACACAGAUCCGGAAGCCGAAGUCACAAGUAACUCUACUCUUGAUUGGUUAGUGAGUGAGAAGUGAGCCAGAUUAAAUGCGGUAAAUCGUAACGAUUGUCACCUCAACGACUGCAUAGUUUUUUUUGUCGGAAAGAAAUUAGAGGUUUAGUGGAGGAAACAGUGCCUACUUCCGUAGACCUGCCACGACAGUGCCCCGUGCGACUCUGACUAUACAAUCCUAACUUCUGCUACGCAUUUCUGAGGUAUUUAUGUCGGAAUGAUAAUGCCAAUCAUGCCCUUGUAUUAGGAGAGAUAGAUUUUCCGAAAAUGGGACUUGAUCUUUUUUUAUGAUUUCGCCGAAAAGUGCUCUUUACCGUUCUACUCGAUAUUAUUCUACUCUUUAUCAGUAGGGAUAUAAAGCAUAAAAAAUAUCAUCUCAUACUCAUUUCUCAGGCCCCGGAACAACUCGACUCUCCAUUUUCCAGAAUCUUCAAAGUUGUGACGAACAAAGAAAUAAUAAUUUGCUUGAAAAAUAAAAAAUAAAGUCUUCUGUUUCCGAGGCCUGAUUUCUUUCAAUUUUUCAUUUUAAUUCAAAUUUUUUUGUUUCAUUUUCUGCAGGCUUUACAUCUCUACUCGUGACUUUUCUUCACGACCACUAAUUAUUGAUAAGACAUUUAGGUACUUGCAUUCUUCACACUUGAGAAGAUCUUUUCGUAUUUUCUAUACAAAAAGAAGUUUUGAACUCAAAUAAAAAAGAGAGAACAGGAGAGGAGCGGCGUGUCUAGUGCGAUAGGAAGUCGUGCACGCAGCUUAAUAUAUUUUUAAGGUAAACAUUUUGCAUAAUCUUACAAGUUUGAGAGCAUCAUGAAUUUUCUAUAGAAUCAGAACACUUCAUCAGCAUAUUGUGCAUUACAAAGAUUGUAUUUUAUAAUUAGAAACAGUGACUUACCAGGUCAGUUUAUAUUUCGAGAUCGGUGGCAAAUAUUUGACCGAGCCGAAUUAAUCUUCUCCAUAUUUCGAGCAGUUGUUAAUUUUAAAAUAAAUUCACUGGACAGCGAAAUGCCAAUUGAUAUCAUUGUAACAUUUCGACUAUUGUUAUAUUAAUUAAAUAAAACAGGAAUCGCGCAAUACGCAUGAUAUCUGAGACUUUAAAAAAAAAAA